GAGUCGAAUACCCAAUGAGUCAAUCUCCUCUAAAUAUACCGACAGAGACAGAUCCCAGCCAUGGCUCACAUCUAUUGUCUAUCAUCUUCUUCUUAGUCUUCUUCAUUUAUCUUGUGGAGAAAGCAAACGUUUUAUUGUUUUUUUAAUUCAGCAUACGCUAACUGAUAACUGAGGAAACAUCGUCCAGCUGGGGGAAGAAGAUGUAUGUUUCUUUUUUUGAGACUGCAAACUGUUUUGUUGUUUUCCAAAUAAUUUGUGUUGAUUUUGUAACCGUACAGAAGAAAGUAAAAAAUGGAAAAGGCCAUUUCUCAGUUCCUUCUAUUUCUUUUCUUGCUUAUAUGUUUAUAAAAUAAAUUUUCAUUUUUUGUGUAGUUAGUCAUAAACUUAAAUUAAGUCUUAAUUUAGAUCAUGACCGUUCAAUAUAUAACAUAGACUGAUGUUUUUGAUGAAAUGUUCCGUUUCAUGUGACAAUCCAUACCGAUAUUAAUUAUAAGGUAUAAUCGCUAUGAAUGAUUGACUUGACCAUCAUAAUAUGUAGCGUAGUAGGAUGACCUCGCACGAUUAAUGAAGAACAAGAGGAUAUCAAUCAAUGAUAAAAUACUAUUUUAACAUUUAUUACAUGCAGUUAUAUUGCACCAAUCAAUCCAAAGCUAUAAUCUGAUUAUCCGAUCAUGCCCAAGAUUUUGUACCGCACAUGAGCAGAUAUAGAGACCUUAAAAGUAGGAUGACCUAUAUCGAAUAUUAAACCCCUAAACAUAGAGAGGCGAAAAAAAUCAAGAAUAGUUAUACUUUCUUCCUCUACAAUAUCUCUCUUUCUAUGCUUUGGCUCUUUAGGGAAACACCUAACCUAGAAGGUGAAAAUGGAAAAUAUAACCAAAACAUAUAACUACGGAGGAGUAGACUGGAUUUGCGAGACAUGGAUAGGUGCAAGCUCGAUGGGCAUUGCGCAUGGAGAGAAUCCGAUCAAGUUUGCUCUUCCUCUUCUUCUCCUUCAGAUAUCUGUGGUCUCCCUAUUUUCCAUGUUUUUUCAGUUCCUUCUCCGGCCUUUCGGAAAAUUUGCAUUUCUCGCUCAGAUCCUCGCUGGGAUCUGCUUAGGACCGUCAAUUAUAGGACGUAACAAACAGUACAUGUCGACAUUUUUCUACACGAGAAGCAUUUACAUAAUCGAAUCCUUUGAGGCCAUAUGUUUCCUCUUCAUCUGCUACGUCACAACAUGUCAAAUAGACACGCAUAUGAUAAAGAGAGUAGGCAGGUUAGCAUUCAUAAACGGCAUCGUCCUUUUCCUCAUACCUUUCCUGUGGGGCCAAUUCACUGCCAUCUUGAUCUCCAAGAGGCUAGGAGGUAGACCCGCUGGGGUACCUCCUGCGGAGUUUCAUCACGUGGCGAUCGUGCAGUCCACCAUGUUCUUUCAGGUGGUUUACGGAGUGUUGUCGAACCUAAAGAUGCUCAACACCGAGCCAGGGAGGUUAGCACUUGCCUCCAUGAUGGUCCAUGACUGCCUCUCUUGGUGUUUUUUCAUGCUUAACAUCGCCCUUAAACAUAACACUCACUCAGCCGAUAAAAAUCACGCCUAUUUCUUGUCCGCCGCACAGAUGCUAAUGAUAGUGGUAAUAGUAUACGUGUUCCGACCGAUAAUGGUGUGGAUGAUGAAGAGAACACCAGUGGGACACUCUCUAAAGGCAUCAUAUCUCACCGUUAUAUGUGUCUUGCUCUUCAUCUCCUCUCUCUGGUCAGAAUUUGUGGGCUUACCUUACUUCUUUGGCGCGGUGGCCUUGGGUCUAGCCACCCCGAAACGUCCGCCUCUUGGAACAGGACUCUCCGAAAAAAUGGGUUGCUUCAUCUGGUAUUUCCUGAUGCCUUGCUACAUCAUAGGGAUUGGCUACAACAUGGAUCUCUCUCUGUUUUCCUUGGGAGAUUUAAUCCGAUAUGAGAUACUCUUUGGCAUGGUCCGGUUCGCCAAAGUCGUGGCUGUUGCCUUGCCUUCCCUUUACUAUAAUGUGCCACUUUGGCACGCCAUUCUUGUCGGGUUUAUCGUCAAUAUCCAAGGAAUUUACGAUGUUCAAAUCUACAAACAGAACUUCAAUUACAGGAAAAUAUCAAAGAAAACAUUUGGAGCAAUGGUGAUGUCAGCAAUGAUAAACUCAACAAUUCUCAUAGUAGUUGUCAAGAAAGUGUACCAAACCAUGAGCAAACGCAACCCUUACAAGAGACGUACGGUUCAACACUGUCGAAUCGAGGCUCCUUUGAGGAUCCUCACUUGUUUCAGGCAGCGCGAGGCGGUCCGUCCAGUGCUGGACCUCGUCGAACUCUCUCGUCCAGCCAUCGGAUCUCCUCUCUCCGUCUUCGCCUUGAACUUAGAAGAGCUGAAUAACCAUAGUCUUCCUCUUCUCAUUCAUCACACUCAAGAGAUAAGUCCCUUCGUCGUGCCUAGCCCAAGAGACCAGAUCGUUAAGGCCUUCCACAACUACAAGAAGAGUAAUCCGGAGACCGUACUGAUAGAGUGCUUUACGGCGGUGGCACCGCGGAAGACGAUGCACGAGGACGUUUGCACAAUUGCAUUUGACCAGGAGACAGAUCUUGUGGUCCUAACUCUUGAUGCCGGGAUGGAGUCGUGGGAGAGGCUGUUGUGUAGGAAUCUCCUGCAAACAUGUCCGUGCUCCGUCGCGCUCUUCAUAGACCGAGGGAGGCUCCCUGAUUUCAGGUUCGUUCCCAUCAAAAAGCUUUGCAUCACUAUCUGUGCUGUCUUCUUAGGCGGACCAGAUGACCGCGAAAUGCUUGCGUAUGCUACACGCUUAGCAAACCAUCCGAGCGUCGAGCUUCAUGUCUUCCGGCUGUUGGAUCACAACGGCGCCUCGCCGCUCCGAGACAUGGUCGAGAGAAAUCACGACAUGAGAGUCAUCAACAUGUUCCGCAAAGAGAAUUCCGAAAAUAACAUAAUAUUCAGAGAGGUAAGAAUAGAGGAAGCUGUGGAAUUGAUGGAGUUGCUAAGGAAGGAAGGAGACGACUUCGAUGUGAUGAUGGUUGGGAUAAGACACGAAGAGAAUCUAUUGAUGUUGGAAGGGUUGUCAGAAUGGAGCAACAUGAAGGAAUUAGGAGAGCUUGGAGAUUUGUUGAUCUCCAAAGAUCUCCAGCUCUCUGUUUCUGUUCUCGCUCUCCACCAAUGACCUUUUCUUUCUCCUUUUUUUUUUGUUUUUAUGGAUUUGUACAUCCUUUUGUUUAGACGUUAAUAACACGUUGUAUAAUCACGUUGUAUAAUCCAAGAA